AUGCAGAGUCCUCCCUCCGUUUCGUCCAACGAGGAUGUCUACAAGAAUGAAAAGAGCGAGCUUAACGUCGUCCACGCCCGUGAUGUCGACAUGACCCAGGUCCCCGGCUACGACGCCACUGCCCCUUCCAAGAUGACCCGCAGGGCACAGAUGCUUGCCCUCACCAUCUGCAUUGGUGGUUUCCUCUUCGGCUACGACAUCGGUGUCAUCUCUGGAUGCUUUAUCAUGAAGCCAUUCGUUCUUGCCUUUGGCAGUCCCGAGGACUGUGGCCCCAACGGAUGCGCCCUUCCAGACGGGCGAACCUCGCUCAUCAACUCGUCUCUCUCCAUCGGCACCUUCGUCGGUGCUCUGCUUCAGGCUCCUGUCUCGGACUUCUUUGGUCGUAAGCCCUCCAUGAUCACCUGGGCAACCAUGUUCACCGUCGGAGCUAUCAUUCAGACUGCCACCAUCAACUCCUGGCACCAGUUCUGCGUCGGCCGUGCCUUUGCUGGUCUUGGUGUCGGUGCUCUUUCUGGUCUCUGCCCUCUUUACCUUGGUGAAACUGCGCCCAAGCACAUUCGUGGCGCUAUGGUUACUGGCUACCAGCUUCUCAUCAUCUUCGGUAUCUUCAUCUCAUACGGUAUCUCUUGGGCGACCCAGAACUUCAACGAGUCGGACGCGUCUUGGAAGAUCCCUGUCGGUCUUCAGCUCCUCUGGGGUGUUGUGAUGCUUGCGCUCAUGUUCACCCUUCCUGAGUCGCCUCGAUGGCUCCUCAAGAACAACGAGGUUGGCCGUGCUCGCGCCAUCAUGGCCGACAUGCGCGACAUCACUCUCCAGGACCUCAACGGUGAGGCCCGUGGUGACAAGUGGAUGGAGGCUGAGCUCCUCGAGAUGAAGCAGGGUAUCGAUGAGGAGAACCGCCUGUUCGCCGGCCGCAGCUACAUCGGCUCCUACCUCGUCUGCUUCUCAUCAAAGAACCAGAUGUGGAAGCGUACUUUCAACGGUAUGAUGCUUCAGACCCUUCAGCAACUCAACGGUCAGAACUUCUACUAUUACUACCUUCCCCUUCUUAGUUCCACCCUUGCACUUCCUCUCAACCCCUUCCAGAUUCAGUUCAUCCUUGGUUCCGCCUCGCUCAUCGCUACCGUCCCAGCCCUGAUCGCCAUCGAAAAGCUUGGUCGUAGACCCUUGCUCCUCAUCGGUGCUGCCGCUGAAGCUGCUUGCGCCUUCAUCGUCGCCUUUGUCGGACACUACAAGACCGCGCCCAAAGGUACACCUGCCGACCAGAUCACCGACUCUCAGAGUCAGGCUGGCGCCGUCUUCAUCACCUUUGCCAUCAUCCACCUCCUCUUUUACAGCUGCUGUUGGGGUCCAGGUCCGUGGUUAUACCUCUCUGAAUCCUUCAACUCACCCACUCGUGCCAAGGCUAUCUCGCUCGGAUCGGCAAGUAACUGGAUCUGGAACUUUUUGCUCUCGUACUUUUCGAACCAGAUCGCUUCGCAGUUGGGUCCCUUCAUCAUGCUCAUCUUCGGUGGUGUUCUCUGCUUCGCCUUUGUCUAUGUCUACUUGAUGAUCCCAGAGACCAAAGGUCUUUCUCUUGAGGAUGUCGAGCUCCUCUACUCUAAACACAUCGCUCCUUGGAACUCGGCCAAGUGGGUUAAGGAACGCGGCCUCGACAAGCGUAUCGAGGAACGUGUCGUCAAGGCUUAA